AUGGAUAUCUUAUUUUUUAUUUUACCGCUCUAUCUUUUCCACCAGCUAAUGCUGGUGUCAGCUGGGCGAGAUUUCUACAAAAUUUUGAAAGUGCCACGCAGUGCAAGUGUUGACCAAAUCAAGAAAGCAUACCGAAUGCUGGCUAAAGAAUUGCACCCCGAUAAACAAAACAACGAUCCGCUGGCAGAAGAAAAAUUCCAGGACUUAGGUGCUGCUUAUGAGGUUUUAAGUGAUGAAGAGAAGAGGAAAAUCUAUGAUCGUUACGGCGAGGAAGGUUUAAAAGAUUCCGGUGGUGGUGAUAGUGGAAGUUUUUCCUCAUUUUUUGGCGAUUUCUUUCAAAGCAACAGACAGCAUGAAGAGGCAACGCUUCGUGGUGCUGAUGUAGUUAUGGAUUUAUGGGUUACACUUGAAGAAGUAUAUAGUGGAAGUUUUGUGGAAGUCAAAAGGAUAAAAUCAUCAUACAAACAGACAUCGGGUACAAGGAAAUGUAACUGUCGUCAUGAAAUGCGUACUGAGCAGUUGGGUGCUGGUAGAUUCCAAAUGUUUCAAGUGAAAGUAUGUGAUGAAUGCCCAAAUGUUAUGUUGGUACAAGAAACGCGGUCCCUUGAGGUUGAGAUUGAAGUGGGAGUUGAUGAAGGACAAAUACAGACAUUCCCAGGCGAAGGUGAGCCGCAUAUUGAAGGUGAACCGGGUGAUCUGAAAUUUGUAAUCAAAAUCGAGAAGCAUCCAAUAUUUGAGCGACGCGGUUUGGAUCUGUACACUAAUGUCACUAUAUCAUUAGAAGAUGCAUUAAAGGGAUUCAAAAUGGAAAUAACCCAUCUUGAUGGGCACAAAGUUGAGGUUGUUCGCGAAAAAAUAACUUGGCCAGGAGCACGGAUACGAAAAAAGAAUGAAGGAUUGCCUUCGCAUUCCAAUAAUGAUGAGAGAGGAAUUCUGUAUAUAACCGUCGAUAUCGAGUUUCCUCGCGGAGAAUUAACUCCUGAGCAGAAAGAAGUUGUUGGGACAGUGCUAAAGCAGGAUUCUCUUCAGUCGAAAGUCAGUCGUUAUCGACUUUUGCCGUCGAGAAUGAAGAAAUCAAUGAACAGUCCAUGUAAACAUAUUGGUAAAAAUCGGCGAACAUUGUCGAAAACCCUUAACAGUGUGGUUUAUGCGGUUAUCUUUCCUAAUAAUGCUAAAGCACGGGAAGUUCACGCUAGAUAUGUUAGAUGCAUUCAGUGCAAGACGCGAUUAAAUGCACUGAUGUGUGCAUGCUGUCAAUGUUCAACUUUUGCAUGUUUAACACAUAUACACGAUCAUCUGGCAACUAAAGAACAUCUCUUCGCAGUUUCGGUAGAAACAGGUUUUAUUUAUUGCUAUCAAUGUGGUGAUUUUGUAUACGACCGUGAGAUGGAGGAUGCUCGACGAGAUGCCGAAAAUGGUUGUCGACGAUCGCUGAACUUAAGUACUAGGAGUAUUUGGUAUCCAGGUGCAGCUGUUGUGGAUGUUUGUCAUGAUGAUCCUGCUCGAAUGGUUCGCUUUUCGAGGAGUAGUAUCCGAGGUUUACGUGGACUGGUAAAUUUGGGAAAUACAUGUUUUAUGAACUGUAUUAUACAAGCCAUCGUACAUACACCACAUCUGAAGGAUUAUUUCCUCACUGAUCAGCAUCAUUGUGCUUCAUCGUCAUUAUAUAGUAAAUCUCAAUGUCUUAUGUGUGAACUUGCCAAUACUUUUCAGGAAUUUUACAAAGGUGAUGUCACGCCUUACAAACCGAAUCGAUUUUUGAAUCUCGUCUGGACACAUGCUAGGCAUUUGGCUGGCUACGAACAACAGGACGCACAUGAAUUCUUUAUAGCUGCUCUUGAUGUGCUUCAUCGACAUUCCGGAAGUAGUUCACUUCCAUCUCUGCCAAAUGAAUGUAACUGUAUUAUUGAUUGGAUCUUCACCGGCAAAUUACAAUCUGAUCUCACAUGCUCAAUUUGUGGAUGUGUUUCAACAACUGUUGAUCCUUUCUGGGAUAUAUCUCUUGAUGUAGCACAAGAAGUGUUGCGCUCACCCAGCAGCAGUUCUGGUUCACCGCAACAAAUUACUUUAGAAGAUUGCUUACACAGGUAUAUAAUGCCCGAGCAUUUGGGAAGCAGUGCAAAGACGAAAUGUGCACGUUGUGAGACAUAUGAGGAGUCAACGAAGCAGCUCACUCUAAAAACUCUUCCAAUGGUUGCUUGCUUUCAUUUAAAGCGUUUUGAACACAGUCGCAAAGACCGGAAGAAGAUGGAUACUAAAAUCAAAUAUCCGCAAUUCAUUGAUAUGACACCGUUUACGGCCUCGUUUCGCGAGCGUUCCACCGGUGCUCCGGAGAGCAAAACUAGUAUUGUCACUGAUUUGCUUACAACGAAUCGAAAUAAAUACGAACUGUUUGCAGUUGUGAAUCACUUAGGGACGAUGGAAAGUGGCCAUUAUACGUGCUACAUCCGUCAUCAACGUAACCAGUGGUUUCAGUGUGAUGACCAAAAAGUUACAAAAGUACCAACAGAACGGGUUCUCUCUUCCCAAGGCUACUUACUGUUUUACCAUAAGUGUCAUGCUGAUUAUUAUUAG